AUGGCGGCGAACGGCAAAUCCUCGACGGUGCCUCCGAGCUCUUCGAGAAAAAUCAGGUACAGGUGGUCAUUCUGCAUUCUGUGGGUCACCCCAGCAAGGCCGAGGCACAUCAACUCUGGCCCUCUGCAGAGUUCCUGCUGCAACGUGACUAUCACGUCCGCGUGGAUGGGCGAAGGAUCUCAGCCAAAGAUGCUGAUUGGCUACGCCAGCGCGUGGAAGAAGUGGGUGGCUUACAGCUGCAUGCCACCAGGGAACCUACAUGACGUGAGGGCGGAAAAUCGGCUGAUGAUGGGUGCAACCAUAGAUUGCUAUGGUGGAAUCUAUAGUUGGGGGUUUCCUUAA